ACCGCUCUCAUUGUCACCACAGCUCUCUCCACACACAAGGGUAUUAGUGCCGCUCAGCAACCUAAACCUCCAGAAGCUGCUGCCUUGCAUCCCCUUGUGCCCUCUUUGCAGACAAAAAGCUGGAAUAACUGCCCCACCCCGACAGGUCUGAGCACUUGUCAGGUUCAUCCAACAGCUCUUCAAGUCCGGUGAUCCGUCCCCUCCCCAGUGUCCCAGCAGGCAGGCAUGGCAGACGGUCAGCAGCCAGAGGAGCACUGGGCCUCCAACGGGCAAGAGAACGGCGAGAAUGGCUACUCCGCCUACAGCUCUACCUACAGGGAGAAUGGAUACCAUGGUGGGGCAGCUGCUCAUCCUGGGACAACAGUGGAUGACUCAGCCAAUUUGCCUCCCUCCCCUCCCCCCUCUCCAUCCGCUGAGCAGAUUGGGCCCGUGGCACAAGAAGAUAAAGUAGAGGUUGUCAGUGCUUUCUCUGUGGAGGAGCAACAGCAGGAUGAGGAGGAGGCUCCAGAGGAGCCCGACAGUUACCAGGAGGAAGUGACAUAUGAGCAGCCACGAGACUUGCUCUUAGAGCAGACAGAUAUUGUAACAGAGCCCCAGGCUUUGGGCUUCCAGCAAGCCCAGACACCUGAGGUCCUCAAUGGAGGGAGUCAUCAAAGUGAACACAGCCCAUCACAAAAAGUUCUGCACGCUAUCUUAGGUGCUGUGACCCCCCCUGUGCUGUUGUGGCCUGCCACAAAAUACACUGUGCUGUGUGUUUUGCUUGAUGGAGAGCUACUGUAUCUAUGUGCAAAGGCCUCGGCUUGA